UGAAAGGAGGCUGGAUAUUUCAGCAAGACAAUGAUCUGAAACAUAUCUCCAAUUUAAUCAUGAAGUAAUUUAAUGAAGGAAAGAUGAGAUUUUGGAAUGACUUUCAUAAUCCCAAGACUUGGAUAGUACCGAAAAUCUGUGGGGAGAUCUGAAGCAUGCAGUGUAUGCAAGGAGACGUAAGAAUAUUUCUAAGCUAGAAGAGUUCUGCAAGGAAGAGUGGGGGGAAGAAAACCCCAAAAGCAAGAAUAGAUUGUUGGCUAUAGGAAUGUUUGGAAGAUGUUUUUUUCUGCCAAAGGAGAUAUUACAAAGUCAUGACUGAAAAGGUAUCCAAACAUGUGCACUUGUCACAUUCACUGUUUUAAACAAUGGUAGAAUUUGGUAGACCUCUGUGAUCUUGCCUAUUAAUUCCAAGCUUCUCCAAAGCCACCAGUAGAAGAGUAUUCCAAUCUGGAGCAGUCAGAGAGCAAAUGCUCUUCCAUUCAUUUAUCUGGUGUUCUUCAAACAAAAAGAUCCCAAAAUCCAGAAUAUUCUGGGUUAAAAAGAUGAUAUGGUUACCCCUAGAUUCAAGAUUCUAUUGAACUGGGUAAUUUAAUUUGCCUUUAUUCAUAUGCUAUGACUGCAACAUGCAGUUGCUGAAAAAUCCCUUUGGAUUAUUAUUAACAUUGUCACUAAUAAUAAUUGUUCUUAAUGAAGGAAGCGUCUACUGUGUGAAAGAUGACCAAUUGUCUCCACAUGUCUGAGUGUAAGUCCUAAUAUGUUGACAGCAUGGUAUUUAUUAUGUAGCAGGAUACUGAAAAGGCUGUAGAAAGACCAUAUUUAUCUCAGUUAUUCUAAAUUAAUUUACUUCUGAUGCUAUCCAGCAUGAUUUAUAGUUGAAUUUAAAAUGUCAGCUCCUAUAAUGAUUAUAUGGGUUUAACUUCAAUUGUUCCAAAAGCAUGAUGCAUUUAUACUUUAUGAAAAAUGAUAGGUCCAUAAGGCACCAGCACAGUUAAGCGCGGUGGAACUAAAAAGAUACAAGCAAAAAUCUCCAAUCUAAAUUCCCUGGUGUAUACACCUAGGGUGAGACUAGGGAACUAACACAUCUCUUAUUUAUAGCUAAUGCUUCUCCUACAACUUGUCCGUGUCUAAAGGAUCAAGAAACCUUACUUCAUAACACCCUCUUCUAAGGCUGAGCAGCACCACUCCUGGAAGACCACUCUAAAGAUUGCACUGGGAGCGCUUUUACUUCGGGCUUCGCAGGAGCCUAAGGGGCCGUCCGCUGCGCCAUCUCAGAUUGCACAACCAUGAAAUGGGCGAGGAAUUCUCCUUCGUGGCGUCGGCUUUCCCUGACGAUUGCAAGCUUCAGCAUGACGCAGAGUUCCUCCUUUGUCACGCCAGCGGCCGGCGUUCGUUUUCAAGUCUGCGCAAUUCCUGCGUCGCUAAAUACGGGAACAUCCGAAAACGUCGCCUCGUUAGGUUUGAAACUUUCGGUGGAAGAUUUCAAGGUUAGGAUUAGGGUGCAGCGAUUCCCGAGCACCACCGCAGCUUGGCCGGGGUUUGCCCCGUACGAAGUUGGAAGGAGGAGAACCUGAAUGUCUUUUCCGCGCGUCAUGAAAGAAAGCCCACCUGCUUCCAAGUUGUAGCGCGCCGCGGCAGUUCGGCAGCAGGAUAACGGAGGGGGCUCUUCUCCCACCUACGCCUUCAUCUCCCCUCCUGCGGUGGAGAGCGAAAGCGAAAGCCGGGAGUGGCUCCGCCCCGCUUGCUGCGGCUGGAGGGAGCAGGGAAUGCUUGUCAGCUGCGGGCUGGGCGGCUCCAGAUCCGCGCUCCUGAUCGUCUUCUCCCCACCCCGUCCUUCCCUUGGCCUGUGGGAGAGUCGUCGCGGCAGAAAGCAGAUUGCCCUCCCCUGCGCCUGCUGGACAUGUGGGUGCUACGCGUGUGCUGGGUGCUGCUGGGCACUCUGGGUGCCGGUUCAGCCCAACUGUUCUUUAAGAGUGUUCCUUUUGUUGAAAUAGACUCCUGUAAUGGAGCUGUGGUCAUCCUCCCUUGUGUUGUAACUAAUCUGAAAUAUAAUCAGAGCUCAUCAAUGUUUGUGACGUGGCUAUUUCAAGGAAAACGAUUUUUCAUUUUUGAUGGAGUUACCGAUAACAUUACUAGAAACAGUAGUUUUCAGACUGCAACUUUUCAGAACCGCUCAAUGCUACCCUUCGGCAUUGCUUCACUUGUUGUAUCUACAAAGGAAGCCCUUCUAGGAAAUUACACUUGUGAAGUAACAGAAUCAAACAGAGAAGGAGAAACAAGAUUUGAACUUAGAAAUAGUUCAGCCUGCCUAAAUCAUUCAUCAGAGAGCGUACCUUGGUUUCAGCCUGCGGAGCGAUUCUCUAUCAUUUCCACCAUAAUAUUGAGUGUUGCUUUGUACUGGUGCCAGUUCAUUACUGUGGCUAUAAAGUUUGACAUGACGUUGGAAAAGAAGAUUGGCUUAAGUGUUACAGGAUUCUUAAUAUCAAUUUUUGCUUUGACUGGUACCAUUCUUUUUGCCCAAGGUGGAUAUACAGCAUCAGCUAAAGCUGGUAUUGGCAUCAUUGUAGUCCCUGCAGUGAUUGCAGUGCCACUUUUAUACUUCCUGUUCACAUCAGUUUUUGAGAAGCAACCACUCUUUGCAGUUAUUUUGCUAGCUCUGAAAGCACUUGGAUAUGUAAUUGCUGUGGCUGGAUUUGCUUUGUGUGUGACAGCAUGUCACCCAAAACAUGGAUCUGUUGUGAUUGCAGGCUUAGCAUUUAUUGAUGCUGUAGCAGCAAUUGGCUUAAUUUAUAUUAUUAUUAUUAUUGGUUCCAAGUUGAAAGAUCAUCAGCCUCCAAGGAAAGCUGUUGAAGAAUCACUUAAUGAUGCAAAAGGAGUGAUGUUAGAAUGAUGAUGCACUUGAUGUGAGGUAAUUGAAUCCAAUAUGGACAUGGAAACAAGUGAAGAGAGACUUUUGUUGAUACACCGUGGCCUUGAAGAUGCACUACUCAAAGAGAAAGAAAAUCAGGAAAUUAGUUGUUUUGCAUGUUUGGAAAAGUGCUGUAAUGACUCACCUGAUGUAACUUUAUAGUCACAGCAGCUGUAGUAAUAAAAGAGAAGUAAGUGUAUGCACGUGAGGUUUCCCCCUUCCCUUCCUUGCAGGUGGAUGAGAGCAAAAAACAAGACACUCUCCAUCCACUCUCUUUAGUGCUGCACUUCUCAGAAUGAUCUGGAAAAUGCUGUUUUGCAUACAGACCAAACUUCAUGAGAGACUACUUUUGGACAUCACAACCUUGAUACGUUGGCUGCCGUCACCUCUGGGCCAAGGGUUUUUUUUUCCCUUCACUUGUUUGCUUCUUUGUUUUUGUUCUGCUUUCAGUUUUGGUAUCACUAAACAGCAACUGCUUAUAGGGAAUAGCAAUCCUCAACACAUCCUUAUUUUAGAAAAGGUUGCAGUGCUGAAAGUCUGAAGUGGGGGUUGCUCAAAGGUUAGCAGUUCUCCUUUCCUUCCAGAAAUAUUUUUUAUUUAUUUAUUUUCUGUUUGGGAUUGGACUGCCUUCCCCCCCCCCCCUCACAGCUUGAACAUUGGUGAACCUCAGCCCCAUUUUAAGCCAGCACUGGGAUGUUUGAAAGUAUCUCAAGGUCACAGAACAGAUUUCUAUGGGACCACUUAUACAAAUAUUUGUACUGCAUGAUGGAUUGUAUGGUUUUCUUUCUUGGAUUUUUACUCACUGUCCUCUGAAAACAAUUGCAUUCCCAAUCUAUACAGUCAUGUGAAAAAGUAAGUACACCCCAUGUAAAGUUUUUUUUUAAAAAAAAAUAUGUGGACAUAUCAAUAUUUUGUCUUCACUCAAACAAUAUAUAAAGGUGAUGUAAAUGAAUUUUUAAAAAUGACUUUGCAAUCAUUUAUUCAACAAAAAACAGAUAUGGCAUUUCCUUCUGGGAAAAAAGUAACUACACCCUUGGCUCUAAUACCUAGUAGUGUCUCCUUUGGCAGAAACAACCUCAAGUGGGCAUUUCUUAUAAUUGCAUACCAGUCUCUGAUAUCGACUGGAAGGAAUUUUUUCCCACUUCUCCAUGGAGAAUUUUUUCAGCUGUGUGAUGUUUGGGGGGUUUCUUGCAUGCACAGCCCAUUUCAAAUCAUCCCAUAGCAUCUCGGUGGGAUUUAGAUCUGGGCUUUCACUUGGACAUUCCCGAACUCUUAUUUUAUUUUAUUUUAUUUUAUUUUAUUUUAUUUUAUUUUAUUUUAUUUUAUUUUAUUUUAUUUUAUUUUAUUUUAUUUUAUUUUCCAGCCAAUCCUUGGUGGAUUUACCAGAAUGUUUAGGGUCAUUGUCAUGUGCAGGGUCCACUUCUGGUAGAGCUUCAGUCUUCUGACAGAUGGUGUCACAUUAUUCUUAAGCACUCUCUGAUACAGUGAAGUAUUCAUCGUGGAUUCUGUGAUGGUGAGCUGCCCAGGCACUGAUGCAGUAAAGCAGCCCAAACCACCACCAUGCUUUCUAGUUGGUAUCAGGUUUUUCUGGUGAAAUGCUGUCUUUGAUUCGCGCCAAACAUGUCUUCUGUUAUGGUGGCCAAAUAACUAUCUUUGGCUUGUGUGUAUCCAGAGUGCAUUGUUCCAUGAAUUCUGGUCUUUGCCUACUAAGUGUUUGUAAACUAACUUUAGUCUUGCCCUAAUGUUCUUUCUGGACAGUAAAGGUUUCCUCUGUGGCACACCUCUCAUGUAGAUCUAAUUUGUGCAGUUUCUUUCUAAUAGUAGACUCGUGCACUUCGACAUCAAUAGUGAUGAGAGCUUCCAGUAGGUCACAUAGUGAAAUUCUGGGGUUCUUAGAGAAUUCUUUCAGCAUCUUGUGUUCUGCUCUCAGGAUGAACAUGCAGGGACAGCUUGACCAGGGCAAGUUGGCAGUUGUUUAAAAGCUUCUCCACUUGCAGAUGAUCUUCUGAACAGUGGGGUUGUUGAUAUCCAAUUGUUUGGUGACCUUUUUAAAUCCCUUCCCAGACACAUAGGUAACUAUAGCCUUCUUUAUGAAUGCCUCAAAGUGCGCUUGCGAUCUUGGCGUAAUGAUACCACACACUUCAACAACAAAGGGUAGAUCAAAUUAAAUAUCUGGGAUUUAAAUAGGUGUUCCUCCCAGUCUUCUCUAAUGAUUUUCUAAUCAUUUGCAUUUUUUUAGUUUUAGAUAUUUGAGGUAGUGAUAAAAGUAGAGGUGUUCUUAACUUCUCCACAUGUAAAAUUUGAAUUUAUAUUUAUUUAAAUUACACAAUGGACUACAAAAUGUAAAUAGGGCCUGAUGUUUGUUAUGUGAUAUCCCCUUUAUCUAUCGGUAUUGUUGAAAUGAAGAUCAAAUGUAUGUAUGUUGUAAAAAAGUUAAAAAAAAAUCAAUAGGGUGUACUUACUUUUUCACAUGACUGUAUUUUGACAUUUUCUAUGAUAAAUACACAAAACAGAAAUAGAUUAAAGAAAACAAUUUGUAUAAGCUUUAUUUAUGCCUAUAUAGUCUAAAUAUGAGUGGAUGUGGUCUUGAGUGAACAAAUAUUCUUAGAAUAACAUUUUUUUAAAAAAAUAGAAAUUAGUCUUUUUUUCCUAAAUAAAAGUUUGAUUUUGAACAAAUUCAGAUGGUCACAAAAGUCCCAUCCACCCACUUGCUGUUAGUAAAUCUGAUGUAUAUAUUGUAAUUCUUUGUGUUCUUUGGUGAUCAGUAUUGUAGUGCAAGUAUCUUUUUCUCUUUUCCUCUUCUUUAAAAUACUUUUAAAUGCAAAGGCCAAGUUGAGUUUUAGUGGCAUAAGUCCCAACAUUUAUGCUGUUGAAUGUAGUUCUUUAAUAUUCAUCAAGCUAGGAAUCAACCUAUGUCAGUUUUGAUAAACCAUCCCCUCCCCCCAUAUUCUAUGGCCUGCAGUCACGAGAAACGUAUGCUUUGAAAUAUGUAGUGUUCUCAUUUGUACUACAGGUUGCCAAGUAUUCCAGAUUAGACUGCAAAUUCAUAAACUCAUAUUACGAUUUAUGUGAUUUUGUAAAGGCUUUAUGCAAGAGGAUUCAAGGAACUGUGUAUCUCUAGUCUUCAUACACUUUAAAGUAUUCUGUACUGCAUUCAUUCUACCACAU